GAGAAUUCGGUCACCAUGUCAGACACCCAGCAGUAUACAGUAGGCUGGAUUUGCGCGAUAGCAGCCGAAUACACCGCAGCACUCCAAUUUCUCGACGAGGAACACGAUAAUUCAGCUCAUGUCUCCGCCGAUGACAGAAACAUCUAUACCCUUGGCAAGAUGUCGGGCCACAACGUUGUCAUUGCUGUACUACCGGAUGGCGAGUAUGGACUGAGCAGUGCUGCAAGCCUCGCUAAAGACAUGCUAAACAGCUUCCCCGAUAUCAGAAUCGGCCUAAUGGUCGGCAUUGGUAGCGGCGCGCCAACAGCAAAGCAUGACAUACGACUCGGCGAUAUUGUUGUCAGCAACGGCAUUCCUGGUGGUGUAUAUCAGUACGACUACGACAAGACUAUCCAAGGACGAAGCUUCCAGCAGAUCGGAGUCCUCAAUCAGCCUCCGACAGAGGUGCGUAUUGCGGUUAGUGCUCUAGAGAGCAGAUACGUGCGUCGUGGACACCAGAUCGACGCAAACAUAACGGCUUCGAUGAAAGAUGCAACUAUCAGGGACACCAUAGCAAAUGAGGAGGGCGUGAUGUGCUUCGAGACGGAAGCGGCUGGCCUAAUUGACCACAUGCCAUGCCUAAUCGUCCGAGGCAUUUGUGACUACUCGGACUCGCACGAGAACAAGGAGUGGCAAGGAUAUGCGGCGAUGACAGCAGCGGCCUACACCAAGGACCUCCUUGCAGAGAUGAAGCCGAGCAGGGUCGAGCAAGAGAAAAGGAUCCGGAAAACGUUAGAAUCAACUCGUGAUCGAUCGACGAACCACAACGAUGAAUUCAUCCUGACCAGCGACAAAGUGGGCCAUAUCACCAAAUGGUUGUCAGCUCCAGAUCCAUCAACGAACCACAUCCGUGCAUCAGAGAAACAUCAUUACGGCACCGGACUAUGGUUCAUUCACGGAGACGCAUUCCAAGAAUGGAAGAGACGGCCAGGAUCGUUCCUCUGGCUGUACGGCAUUCCUGGUUGUGGCAAGACGGUGCUUAGCUCCACCAUCAUAGAGCAUCUGCAGAAGGACACGACCUGUCAGGAGCUGUUUUACUUCUACUUUGACUUUACCGAUUUCAACAAACAGUCCCUCGACAGCUUGUUGCGUUCUCUUGUCUACCAGGUCUACCGUUCCCGGCCAGAAAGCCGGCAGCGUCUCGAAGAAUUAUGGGCUUUCUACGACCAAGGGGACCGACAAGCAUCCACGAGCUCUUUACAAAAUGAGCUACUAGCCAUGCUAAGUGGAAUUGACGAUAUAUGUAUCGUUCUAGAUGCCCUGGACGAGUCAGUGUCCAGAAACGGAGUGCUUGCUUGGCUGAAGAUGCUUAUUAAAAGCACGCAUUGUCGGAUUCUGGUCACUUCCCGGAGGGAAGAAGACAUUGAGUCAGCCCUUCAGUCUUGGACACGUGCUGAGCAAAGAUUAUUAAUACCGCAGAAUGAAGUGAACAAGGACAUCAGUGUCUAUGUCAAAGAUCAAAUACGCAAUGGAUAUGAACUUGAAAGAUGGCGUUCCCGACCAGAUGUGCAAGAUGAAAUCGAGGCUACACUUGUAAAUCGGGCCGACGGAAUUGUGUGCCUUGACUGGCCAGCGAUGAGUAGAGCACUAGCAAAUUCACCGAAGACACUGGAUGAAACGUACAGUCGAAUCUUGGACAGCAUUCCUGAGGCACACACACAGCAUGCAACAACCAUAUUCAGAGUCCUGAUGUGGUCUAAGAGACCUCUAAGGGCAGAGGAGAUAGUAGAUGUGAUCGCGGUCAAUAUAGACGAGAAACCAGCUUUUGAUCCACAAAACAGGCUACCAGUACCUCGGGAAAUUCUACGACUAUGCCGGGGCCUGGUAACGAUCUCUCCAGUCGUUGAUGUCACGGAUAGCGAACAUCGAGAGCAGAACUGGCAGUUUCAGCUUGCUCACUUUUCUGUCAGGGAAUUCCUGACGUCCGAUCAUAUCGACGCCAGAUACCGACACUGUAUGGAUCAGUCAUCUGCUAAUGCGCACCUCGCAAAAAUCUGUCUAGCAUAUCUGUCCAUGUUGGCAUCUCAAGGACUAUCACUCUCGGAGAUAAGGUCACGGUUUCCAUUUGCCCAGUAUUCUGCUAGAUACUGGUCUGAUCAUGCGAGAGCAACAGAAGCCACGGAUCACGACUUCUCGGUUGCUGUGAGGAGCUUCUUCGAUCCGGGCAAUGCUGUUUUCGCCAUAUGUUGCCGUUUGUUUGAUCCAGAUCGACCAGAACUGAUUCCGAGUGACGAUACCACGACUGGACUGCCUGAUCCAUUGUAUGUUGCAAGUCUCCUAGGACUGGAACAGGCGGUCGAGACGCUGCUCCAGAACGGCCAAGAUGUCAACGUCAAAUGCGGUCGCUAUGGGAAUCCACUGCAGGCAGCCUCCUUUGCUGGACAUUAUGAAAUCGUGCGAAUACUGCUCGAUAGAGGCGCCGUUGCUCCAGCUCGUGGUGGACAGUAUGACAAUGCACUACAGGCAGCCUCAUUUGCUGGACAUCAUGAAAUCGUGCGAAUACUGCUCGAUAGAGGCGCCGUUGUCACAGCUCGUGGUGGACAGUGUGGCAAUGCACUUCAUGCAGCUGCGUUCAAUGGUUCAUAUAAGAUAGUGCAGAUGCUACUCUCCCACGGCGCCGAUGUCGAUGCUCGGGAUGAAGGAUGGACCCCGCUCAAUCGCGCAGCUGAUGAGGGGCAUCUCGAGGUCGAACAACAUUGGACGAACUCCAAUACAUUCAGCAGCCGAAAAGAGCAUCUUGAGAUCAUAGAGCUGCUGCUGGACAGUGGUGCAAAGAUCAACGGUCAUGGUACAGAACCCAGCGACGCAAUCUGGGGAGCCUCGCAGAGAGGCCAUGAGCAGAUACUUCAGGUACAACAUGCUCGCGCAAGUAGACACGAAGGUCACUCCAGUGUUGCAGAUUCCGAGUUUCAUGAUUCAGGAUACAGCUCGAAUCAAACUCGGCCGAUGGUCGAGGAUCAUAAAGACGUAGACUUGCAGCAUAUUGAUGACGAUCUGGAGUCUAUUGCGACCGUGGAGACCGAUAUCCAGUCUUCCACAGAAUCAAUAGCCCUCUCGAACGUCAGAGAAGCUGCUGCUCGCGAGGUUGCCAGAGCUUUCAUCGGAGACGACGAGAUCUCCAAGCUCUACGACGAAGGUAUCAAAAGAAUGCAAGGCGCAAGGUUCAUUGAGAACCACCGACGUCUGCUCAAGCUGUUCUAUCUCGAAGCCACCAAAGAUGCCGAGGUUGCAUCUCAUCAUGUUGUCCUACGUUUCUUGCGAUCCCGCAUAGCGCGAAUCCGGGUUUCAGCUCGGAUAAUUCAAGCCAAAGACCCUCUGAACGAUGAAUUAGAGCUGGCCGAGGAUAGAGACCGAUCACUGCAAUUUAUAGAAGAUCAUCUCACCCAGGCUGACAAAGAACGCAACACAUCACACUGGACAGAGGCGCAGCAGAGUGAUUUCCAUGACCAGGAGGGUAUUAUCCCAGAUCCUGGCGAGGAUGCAUCAGCCUCGCUUCCCCAUGAAAGCUUGAGGUUGGAUCUUCUAGCUAUUGACCUGAAUGAUGAUGAAGACUUUGAUGACUUCGACGUUGACAAUGAGGAAGAAGCCGGCCUACGCGUGGACGAUAUGCCUGCUUUGGGAAAGACGGCAGCGUUUCUGAUGAAUGGUCGAGCCUUCCAAAUCUAUAGAAACAACCUACAGCGAUUUGUAUAUGGAAGGUCUCUAGCGCCGACGGCUUUUCAGCGUGCACUGAAUGCCAGUGAUCUUCCGACGGCCAUCAAGCUGCUGGAAGACGAAUUUGAGGCUGUCACUCAACCCAGAUCAGCCUUCGAAUGGAUCAGGGAGCCGCUUGCGAUGGGCUUCACGCCGACUGAAGUUGUCGAACUGAUUAUUGAAGAACGAGACGAAGCCCCAUGGAUACGAUAUGACUUGCCAGUGCUAGAGCUGCUUCCAAUGGACAUCGCAUAUCACCGACCAGGUUGUUUUCACAAUCCAGAUCCCAGUGUCAGCUCGCGGGACUCAGAAGAUCGUACGCCUACGCUCGAGACAAUCAGUCGUAUCGUAUCAGAGAUGUGUGGCCUGGGUGGCGUGAUUCCUCUCCUUAAAGCUCGUCAUCUUUGGGACGGCCAUGCCACCUUCAGUGCUGAAACGGCAAGAGUCAGUUAUCAAGAUGCAACUUCCACUGAACCAGUCUUGGAAGAUGAGACUGGAAAGAAGCUUCUGAAUCGCAUUCGAGAUGCCCUUGAUCGGAUCACUGUGCUCAUUGCGUGGCUUCAGCAACACAAUUUGAUAUGCGAUCGCUUCGUGAUAAUCAAGGAUGCUGCGAAAGGUGCGAGUGUUGAAGCUGUCAGUGUUCCAUUGCGUGUCUUGGCCGAACUCAAGUCUAACCUGGAAGCAUUGUCAACAUCUUUCGACACGAGUACAGCUGAUCAGAUCCAAGUUUUGCUAAUCAGGACCUCUCUAGGACUGUUGAGACUAGUCUGCGAUGUUGGCUCUGGUAACUUGAAUAUCCCGGACAGUCUCGAACUUGCUCUCGACUCUGCUGCUCUGGCAGUGCAAGUCGUUUGCGUCGGCAUGCUCUCAUUCAGUCAUGCACAUUUAGGGAAGCUCGAUCCGUUCUUCCUGAUGCAUAGUAUCGAUGCCAUAGAGCUCAAUGGAAUCGAUGGGCCUCUAUCCAGCAGACUGUCGCUUGGCUUACGACUGAAAGAUCUAAGUUGUGUUGGUGACAUGCUCGGCGGUCCUGUCAUGGUAUUCACACGCGAUAAGCAACCUGCAGCUGAAAGACAUGAUCUACUCACAUCUUUGGAAAAUCUCUUUGAGUUGUGGGGGCCAGGUAAGCUGCUUGUCGACCAGUCAUCUCCUACAGGCAGAAAUCUCUGUGGCGCUGUCAUAGGAGGCGGCUUGGUAUUUCAACCAUCAACCCAUACCUCAAUCUUCCAUUGGAGUCAAGGAGCGCCAGAAGACGUACAAAGUUUGACCCAUGGAAGGAGAUUCGGUGUUGACGAUGUCAUUGCUAUUGGAGCUUUCUCUGUCAAUCAAGGCUGUCCUUUCAGUCAAACGUGUGAUACGAUUCUCCCGAGGCUAGACACAACCACUCAACCCCGUACCUUAGGGACGUUUCCCGAACACUGGGAUCUUGAAGAAAUACAACUUGGACUUUCAGGGGGCUUUUAUGCAAUGCUUGCUCUCAAUUCCACAUGGAUCAAGAAAGCUGGAAGAACUAAAAAGCGCCAAAUCUUUGAAAAUGAGUGGGAUCUUAACACGCUUGAAGCACCAUUGGGUCUGCUGAUUAGCGUCUGCACUGGAGUGGCGCAACGGGUGCCUCUACGCGAGGUUAUAGGUGAAGUUAUGCCGGCAAUGGUAGCAGCCAUGAGAAAAAGACCUGUCGAAUGGGAUCAACUAGUUGCUCAAGGGCACGACAUUGCUAAUGAAUACAAGAAAUCGACGUUUCGGGUCUGGUACAAUGCCCUGCAGCCACCGCAGCGCAACGCGCUUGAUCGGGUCGCAAACUAUGUUUUCAAGAGGAUUUGCUGGACGGGUGUUAAUCAUGAAGAAAAGCUGGUAGUGGCUUGCCCUUCUGCUGGAGAUGCUUGUGGCUGCAUCCAUAUGCCUCGUGAGCAAAAUCUGCCGCUGGCAAGUAUAUUGAAGGACUCGGACCAAUGCGCAACAUUCGCUUGCACCACAGCGAGAUGCAUCGAGACUGACAGACACAAGUGUCGAAACUCCAACCACCCCAAAUGGCAGAACAAGGCUCCACUUCUUAUAACAUCUGUUUGUCAGUAUCAGCGAUCAAACCCCGAGGAAUGGACAAGAUUACCCCAACAAAGACUGCAAGAUGGCAGACAAUACUGGAUGGGAAGAGUUGGUGACCAUCGAAAAUUUGUGGCUGGCGUCCGUCGGAAUCCUGGCUCUCCAGCACUUUUAACGCUUUCUGAUAGCCUGUGUCGUGGUAGCUUUUUACGGUUGGCUUUGGAACGUGCGGAGCGCAUGAGGAAGUCUUGCUGCAUUAGACUCCUUGAGAAGAAUCUGAGUGAUGAUGUGGACGCUGAAGAAGUGUUUGUGCUGAGCAGUGCAUGA